AUAGGGGGGGCAGCGGCCAUUUUCGAGGUUGUUGAGGUUCUGUAAAGGUCUUCGAAAGAAAAUUUUGAAGAUGCCUGAGCCGGCGAAAUCUGCACCAGCACCGAAGAAGGGCUCGAAGAAAGCCGUCACCAAGACGCAGAAGAAGGGUGAUAAAAAGCGAAAGAGAACGAGGAAAGAAAGCUACUCGAUCUACGUGUACAAGGUGCUGAAGCAGGUGCACCCCGACACCGGGAUCUCAUCUAAGGCCAUGAGCAUCAUGAAUUCCUUCGUCAACGACAUCUUCGAGCGCAUCGCCGGCGAGGCGUCGCGCCUGGCGCACUACAACAAGCGCUCCACCAUCACGUCGCGGGAGAUCCAGACCGCCGUGCGGCUGCUGCUGCCCGGCGAGCUGGCCAAGCACGCCGUCUCCGAGGGCACCAAGGCCGUCACCAAGUACACCAGCUCCAAGUAAAAAGGUUUUAGUCUGCAACCCAAACGGCUCUUUUAAGAGCCCCCCACCUUUUCUGUAAAAGAGCUGGGAUUGCAAUUAAAAACAUUUCGAGAUUUUUUAGUUUAUUCCUAAACUAAAUAAAAGCAUGCUUAAAUAACA